AUGGCCUCCAAAGAUCCUUUGGUCUGGAUAGACUGUGAGAUGACCGGCCUGGACUAUGAUAAUGACACGAUCAUGUCGUUUGCUUGCUUUGUGACCGACGAUCAGCUCAACCUAUUAGAUGAGCGUGGCUUCGAAGCCAUCGUCCACCACAGUAAAGAGCAACUUGAUCGCAUGGGGGAGUGGUGUACCAAGCAGCAUGGGAAAACUGGACUUACGCAAGCGUGCCUGGAUUCUACAACAAGCCCCCAGGAAGCUGCCCAGGGUCUAUUAGAGUAUGUCCAGAAAUACGUCCCAAAGGCUCGCACCGCCCUGCUAGCCGGCAACUCUGUACAUGUAGACAAGGAAUUCUUAAUUAAGCCGCCAUAUAAAGAGGUCAUCGAUCACCUUCAUUACCGGAUCCUAGAUGUCAGCAGCAUUAAAGAAGCGGCAAGACGCUGGGCACCCCCGGACGUACUGAAGAAGGCUCCGAAGAAGAAAAUGCUACAUGAGGCACGGGAGGACAUCCUAGAAAGCAUCAAAGAAGCUCAAUAUUAUCGCGAUGCAUUCUUCAUCCAGGGUUGA